AUGGUGGAUCCUCAGACUCUGGUUGAAAAGGCCGUAUUUGACUCUCAUGAAUUUUUUGAAGUCCAGAGACAAAAUAAAUUGUUAUCCAUUGUUCCUCAUCAUGCUCCGCUUCAAAGUUCUCAAUGGAGCCUUCCUCCUAAUGAUUUUGUCAAAGUUAAUGUUGAUGCAACGUUUAGUUCUUCAAAAUUAUGUGGGGGUGGCUAUGUUGCUAGAAAUCAUGAAGGGCGAGUUCUUAGUUUGGGCUCUUGGCUAUUUCAAGAUGUUUCUUCACCAGUGGUAGCUGAAAGUCUUUCACUUCGAGCGGCUAAACAAGUUUGUCUACAAUGGGGCUGGCCUAGAAUUAUUUUUGAAGGGGAUUGUCAAACAAUUAUGAAGUUGUGUUCAUUAGCAGAAGCUUUGGCCACGAUUAUUCGCGAUAUUAAGGUUCUUCUUUAG